AUGGCGGCGCAGUGCGACCCGCUGAGCGGCUACCUGCCGCAGCCGCUCUCCGACCCGGGCUCUAACAGCGAGCGGAGCGCCGACUCCCCGCUGCCCGGCUCCGAGGAGGACUCGGCCGGCCCGCGGCCCCUGCGCAGCCCCGAGUGGGGCGAGGAGCGAUUCCGGGUGGACAGGAAGAAACUGGAGGCCAUGCUGCAAGCUGCUGCUGAGGGCAAAGGCAAAAGUGGGGAAGAUUUUUUUCAGAAGAUUAUGGAAGAAACGAACACACAAAUUGCUUGGCCAUCCAAGCUGAAGAUUGGGGCAAAGUCCAAAAAAGAUCCCCAUAUUAAAGUCUCUGGAAAAAAAGAAAAUGUUAAAGAAGCUAAGGAGAAGAUCAUGUCUGUCUUGGACACAAAAAGUAAUCGAGUCACCCUGAAGAUGGACGUUUCACAUACAGAACAUUCUCAUGUGAUUGGCAAAGGUGGCAAUAACAUUAAAAAAGUGAUGGAAGAAACAGGAUGUCACAUCCAUUUUCCAGACUCAAAUAGGAAUAACCAAGCAGAAAAGAGCAACCAAGUGUCUAUUGCAGGACAGCCAGCUGGAGUGGAGUCUGCCAGAGUUAGAAUACGGGAGCUGCUUCCUUUGGUACUUAUGUUUGAAUUACCCAUAGCUGGAAUUCUCCAACCCAUCCCAGAUCCUAAUUCUCCUACGAUUCAGCAUAUAUCACAGACUUAUAACAUUUCAGUUUCCUUUAAACAACGUUCUCGAAUGUACGGUGCUACUGUCAUUGUUAGAGGGUCACAGAAUAAUACUAGUGCUGUGAAGGAAGGAACAGCCAUGCUUCUGGAACACCUGGCUGGUAGUCUGGCCUCUGCAAUCCCUGUGAGCACGCAGCUAGAUAUUGCAGCACAGCAUCAUCUCUUUAUGAUGGGUCGAAAUGGCAGUAACAUCAAACAUAUCAUGCAGAGAACUGGUGCUCAGAUCCACUUCCCUGACCCCAGUAACCCACAAAAGAAAUCCACUGUCUACCUCCAGGGCACUAUUGAGUCAGUCUGUCUUGCCAGACAAUAUCUCAUGGGUUGCCUUCCUCUUGUGCUGAUGUUUGAUAUGAAGGAAGAAAUUGAAAUAGAACCACAGAUUAUAACUCAACUAAUGGAACAAUUAGAUGUCUUCAUCAGCAUUAAACCAAAGCCAAAACAACCAAGCAAGUCUGUGAUUGUAAAAAGCGUCGAACGAAAUGCCUUAAAUAUGUAUGAGGCAAGGAAACGUCUCCUGGGACUUGAAAGUAAUGGAGUCACCAUAGCAGCAAAUCCAUCUACAAUCUCAUGCCCCGUUGGCCUCUCGUGUCCUGGUUUGGACAUCUUGCCCUCAGCGGGGUUAGGACUCACUGGACUUGGUCUCUUAGGUCCUACUGCCUUAUCUGUCAACACCUCUACUGCUCCAAACUCGCUCUUGAAUGCCCUUAAUAGUUCUGUUAGUCCUCUACAGAGCCCAAGUUCAGGCACGCCCAGCCCUACGUUAUGGGCAACAUCUCUUGCCAACACAAGUGCCACAGGUUUUUCUGCUAUACCACAUCUGAUGAUACCAUCUACUGCCCAAGCCGCUUUAACUAGUAUUCUGCUAUCUGGAGUGCCUAAUUAUAGUCAGAACACUCCAUCUCCCCCUCCUGGCUUGACUCCCGUUGACAUUCAUGUCAAUGGCAUGAAAUCCGAGAACAAAAAAGGUUCAACUUCUUUAAACGGUCAUGUAAAGACAUCAAAUAUCAAGUAUGCUGCACUAUCUGCCUCAUCACUAGGAGAAAAUGUGUUGAGCACAAACCACAGUGAUUCAUCAAGGCAGACAAAUAGUCAUAGCACGUCAGAACAAGUGACCACCAAGUCAAAUACAGCAGAAGGCUGCAAUGAUGCUUUUGUAGAAGUGGGCAUGCCAAGAAGUCCAUCACAUUCAGCAAAUGCCAGUGAUCUGAAUCAAAUGAUGAGUUCUUCCAAACAGUCCUGUACUAAGAGGCAAACAGUAGAAUUACUGCAAGGAACCAAAAACUCUCACUUACACACCACAGAGAGAUUGCUUUCUGAUACUGAGCUGAGUGCUUCUGAAAAUCACGUUGCUGAUAAAAAAGCUCCUGGUAGUGAACGAGCAGCAGAGAGGGCAGCAGCUGCCCAACAGAAUUCUGAAAGAGUGCGCCUUGCUCCACAGUCGUCGUAUGUAAAUAUGCAGGCAUUUGACUAUGAACAGAAGAAGCUAUUAGCAACCAAAGCUAUGUUAAAGAAGCCUGUUGUAACAGAAGUGAGAACUCCAACGAAUACAUGGAGUGGCCUAGGAUUCUCCAAAUCUAUGCCUGCAGAAACGAUCAAGGAACUAAGAAGAGCUAAUCAUGUAUCGUACAAGCCGUCUAUGACAACUACAUAUGAAGGUUCAUCGAUGUCUCUCUCACGGUCCAGCAGUCGGGAAUAUUUGGGAAGUGGUAGUGAAUCGGAUAACUGGAGAGAUCGGAAUGGUAUCGGUCCCUCAGCUCACAGUGAAUUUGUCUCGUCAAUUGGCAGCCCCAAGCGGAAACAAAACAAAUCAACUGAACAUUAUCUCAGCAGCAGUAAUUACAUGGAUUGCAUUUCCUCGCUGACAGGAAGCAAUGGCUGUAACCUGAACAGUUUGUUUAAGGGGUCUGAUCUGCCUGAGCUGUUCAGUAAACUCGGUUUGGGCAAAUACACUGAUGUAUUCCAACAACAAGAGAUUGACCUUCAGACCUUCCUUACUCUCACAGAUCAAGAUUUGAAAGAGCUAGGAAUUACUACUUUUGGUGCCAGACGGAAAAUGCUGCUUGCAAUCUCAGAACUGAAUAAAAACCGAAGAAAGCUAUUUGAUCCAUCAAAUGUACGUGCCUCAUUCCUGGAAGGUGGAGCUAGUGGAAGACUGCCACGUCAGUAUCACUCGGACAUUGCUAGUGUCAGUGGUCGCUGGUAG